AUGACGUCGACGCGCCCCAUGCAGCACAUUGAGCGCGAGGACCUGUACACGAACCUCGAGCAGCGUAUCCUCUACCUGCACUCGUUUCUCGACUUUUCCAGCCGCGACAUCGAGGCACUCAUCACGGGCGCCAAGUACGUCAGGCAGCUGAUACCGGCCGUGGUCAACAUCGUGUACAAGAAGCUGCUGCAGUACGACAUCACGGCGCGGGCGUUUACGACGCGCAGCACGUCGUUUGAGGGCCCCGUCGACGAGGUGCCGGGCGAGGACAGCCCGCAGAUCCUGCACCGCAAGAUGUUCCUGCGCGCGUACCUGGCCAAGCUGUGCUCGGACCCCAGCAGGAUGGAGUUUUGGGAGUACCUAGACAAGGUUGGGAUGAUGCACGUCGGCCUCGGGAGGAGGCAUCCCCUGCACAUCGAGUACGUCCACCUGGGCGCCUGCCUGGGCUUCAUCCAGGACAUCAUGACCGAGGCCAUCCUGUCGCACCCGCGGAUGCACCUAUCGCGCAAGACGGCGCUGGUCAAGGCCCUCAACAAGGUCAUCUGGAUCCAGAACGACCUCAUGGCCAAGUGGCACGUCCGCGACGGGGUCGAGUUCGAGGCGGUCGGGGACAGCGAGGCCGCCGCCGCUGGCCUGGACAUUGAGAUUGAGCCCGAGGGAUACCUGCACGGCAGGAAGAUACUGGACGACGUUGACGAGGAUGAGGAAGAGAGAAAGGACGCGAAGCAGAUGCAGGAAGGAGAGGGGGAAAGGGACACAAAGAGAAACGGCGGCAGCGGCGGCGGUGUGCGGAAGGGGAGCCUACCUGAGGGCGUGUGCCCAUUCACCGGUCUGGCAGCCUCGCCGUCCAAGGUGGCGGCACCGGCGGGCAGGGCGAGGGAGAGGGAGAGAGCCGAGGCGGAGGCGGCGGCAGCUGGGCCAGUGACGGCGUAG